AUGAACAUUGCUUUGCGUCGUUACCUCGUCACUCUGCUCGUGGCAUGGAGCUCCGCGAAAACGGUGCGAGGAAUGGGCGUUUGCGAUGACUUCGCCAGGGACAGUGUUGGAAGUGACUGGGAACAGUCUGGACAAGCCACUGCUUUUAUUAGUGAUGAAGAAUUGAGGUGCGACAACGUGGACAUUUGCAUCGUUCGGUACGAAGCUCUUGAAUAUGCCACAGACGACCACCGAGCCCAAGUGGAUGUGAAAUUCAGUGUUGCUGAUGGCGCCACAAAUUUUCCAGCAGUUGCCAUCGUCCUUGGUCUUUCUACAGCGCCUGAGUCCGACUCCAAUGCUCUAUGGGUGGAGAUCCGGGAUUUGGCAAAUAUCAUCCUUGUCCCCGACAUUCCCAAUUUCAACAUUGAUACCACCACCUCGCUUGGCAUUGCUACCGACGAUCUCAAUACUGAGUUUACGAUGGAGGCUCAAGUUGAUGCAACAGGCAGUGUCCAAGUGACUCUCUCCAACUUUGCAAGCGGAUCCCAGAUGGGCAACACGCUUACAUACGAUGUCGGAACGAUCACAACUACUCAAUAUCAAAGCCUGGGGCACGAGGCUGGGCUGGCCAUGUUUCGAGGUGAUUCUGAUAACACUGUCGCCAUUGAUAAUUUUCGCCACUCUGGAUGUUCCACGUCGGCGCCUUCUGAUUCCCCAACCUCACCUGCCCCUACAUCAAGGCCACCAACAUGGACACCUACAACACUUGCUCCAACUAAUCUUCCAUCGCGUCCCCCAACGUCAUCGCCACCAACAUCGACACCUACUCGUCGCAUCACACCAGCUCCAACAGUCAGUUCGCCUCCUCCAACCGCUAGUUCACAACCGAGUGCUCAACCUACCGAAACACCUUUCUGUGGCGACGGCAUUUUGAACCUGGAAGAAGAUUGUGAUGGUUCUGACUUUGCUGACACUUCCUGCACAUCCUUGGGGUUCUCUGGAGGUACAUUGCAUUGUGAUAGUUUCUGUAAUCUGGACACAAGCCACUGCAAUACUUGCGGGGAUGGAGUCGCACAAUUCAGCGAAGUGUGCGACGGCUCCGAUCUGCGUGGUAUGAACUGUUCCUCAUUUGGCUUUGACGAUGAUGCUUCGCUUGCAUGCACUAGCGCCUGUCAGUUCGAUAUAAGUGGCUGCUCAACAUGCGGAGAUGGACUCAUUUCAGGAGAGGAAACUUGUGAAGGAGAAAACCUCAACGACGCAACUUGUGAAUCCCUGGGCUACUACAGUGGUGGGGCUCUGUCUUGCUCAAGCUCUUGUCAGUUUGAUACGUCUCAGUGUCUCAGCUGUGGUGAUGGCCUUGUGACGUACACGGAGGAGAGUUGUGACGGUUCAAAUCUUGGUGGCCAUUCCUGUGAAGACCUAGGUUUCUCCGGCGGGUCCUUAGCCUGCGAUGAUUCGUGCACGCUUGAUAUUAGCAAUUGCACUAUCUGCGGGAAUGCUGUUGUGGACAGCGACGGCGAGGAAUGCGACUAUCUUGAUCUCGGGGGGAAAGGCUGCGUGGACUUUGGCUUCUUUGGUGGAAUCUUGUCCUGCGAUUCUACAUGUUCCUUUGACACGAGCGGUUGCACCACAGAACCCCCUUCUGCAAUGCCAUCCAUUGCCCCGUCGAGCACCCCCAGUUUGAGACCCAGUGAACAUCCUUCAGUUGACCCGAGCGGAAACCCGAGCUUGCUCCCCUCUGCAGUUCCAACUGUUUCACCCGGACCCAGCGGGACCCCUUCGGCGGUACCAUCUUCUGAACCCUCAGUGCCCCCCUCAAGGUAUCCGACCGGUACACCAACCAGCACCCCCUCAUCUACGCCGUCUAGCACCCCCUCAUCUGCGCCGUCUAGCAGCCCCGCGCCAUCGUUUGAUCCCACCGCUGCUCCAACCGUCACAGCGUGGGCACAUGAUUUUGAUAGCUCCAACGGAGACUUUGUGUCGGGCCCAUAUCUGUUUGGAGGCACAAUCACAGACGAGCAGUAUGUUGUUGGAGAGACCAGCACUACGGGGUACGGUAGAGGCAGUGGCAACUCAGGGGCCAGGACUCGUUUGACAGGUCCAGGUUUGAGUUCCGUAGAUGAGUUGUCCUUUGGCUGGACAGUGACGUUCACGCUAAGCAGUGCCCUGGACGGGGCCAUUUUUAGCCUCGACUAUAAGAUGGCUUGGAAGGGCACCUAUACAAGCGGUGAUGUAGGUGAGGUAAUGGUGGACAUUGACGGCAGCACGACAGUUGUGGCUUCCAGCGACCAAGACAGUGUCAAUAAUUGGGCGACUGUGACGAUCAGCCUAGGAUCCUUGAGCAGUGGCAGUCAUACUCUAAAGAUUGGGGGCUACUACAUGACUGGCGCGACCUCGACCAAUGUAUUCCAAGUUCGAUUUGACAACCUCUCACUUUCAGGAGUAGAAGUCGCGGAGGAGGAGGCAGCAUAA